AUGUGUCGUGUCACUACAACUGGCACAUUAAUAUCUCAAUUAAAUGAAGCUGGUCCCACCUAUGCUCGCUGUUUAGCUGAAAUUGUUAGGCGUACGGAAUUCGACGAUAUGCUUACUCAACGAUCUGUAUGUUAUCUUAAAGAGGAAACUAAUUUGAGAACUGAAGAAUGUCGUCGACGGCGUAUAUUUUCUAAACAUUUAAAAAAUAAUGUUCUACAUUCACUCUUUUCACCAUGGACUAAUUCAAAAGCGGAAUGUCUCGGGCUUACCAAUAUACCAGGAACAAUUUCUAUGUCACAAGAUGUAGUUGAACAGCAAUUGUGUGAAACAUCUACUACCACCACCACUAUGACUACUACUACAUCUAAUCAAAAAGUCGAUUCACUUUCACAUUGUCCUCAAACAAAUGCAGCAGAAUUUACAGUGAAUCGACGAUAUGCCUUAUCUUCUUUAUCUGAACCACGUUUAAAUGAAUUAGCCAAAGCUUGUGCAUUGAAUCGUGUACAACAUUCGCGUGUUCGUUCAACUCGAUUAAAUUCACUCAGUUCACCAGAUCCUCAGUUGACUAAAGUUAAAGAAGAUGAAGUGAUUGAAUCGGAUCAAAGUAAAAAACGUUCAAAUUAUAAUUGUCCUAUACAACACCAACCAGUUCUAUUACGUCCACCGCAUACUAAAGUAAUGCUUGAUGCUAAUCGUCGUGCUUCAAUGCCAUUUGAUGAAUCUGAUCGAGGUGAAUUAUCCAGUCUACCAAAUUGGUCAGUUGAUUCGUCAUCAUUAUUAGGUAUAUUAUCGAAUAAUUUCUAUCAAACUGAUCAUCAUAAUCUAUCGAAUAUAACACAAUCAGUUAAAAUUACUCGUGAUGAUUUAGAAAGGUUAAUGCAAUCUAUGCCUACUAAUAUAUCUAAUUUAUUAAGGAUGGAAUUGAAUAAAUCGUUUUCACUAUUUAAAAAUACUUCUUUUCUACCUAAUACAUCAUUGACCAAUCCGAGUGGGAGUGUUUCUUUAGAUCAAACAUCCAAUAUUAUUAACAGUACCGGUUUUUAUCUGUAG